AUGAGGUUCUUCACUCAAGCCCUCGUUGUGCUGGCCGCUGCAGCCAGCACAGCGCUCGCUGGACCCAUGUCGCGAAGGGCGCAGUAUCCGGACCCGAACGAUGACCCUUUCUACAAGGCGCCGGAUAAUAUUGGCACGUACGCCAACGGUCAGGUCAUCCAGUCUCGUUCGGCAACCACGGACAUUGGCACGUCGAACAAGGUUGACUCGUUUCAGCUGCUGUAUCGUACCACUAACACGCAGAAUCAGCCCGACGCGACGGUGGCCACCGUGUGGAUCCCCGCCAAGCCAGCGUCGCCGCCCAAGAUCUUCUCGUACCAGGUGUAUGAGGAUGCCACGCAGCUCGACUGCGCUCCAUCAUAUGGCUUCUUGUCGGGCUUCGAGAAUUCGGGCAAGGCUGCAGCCGUGCUCGACUCGCCCAUCGUCAUGGGUUGGGCGUUGCAGCAGGGCUACUACGUCGUCUCGGCCGACCAUGAAGGUCCCAAAGCGGCGUUCAUCGCAGGAUAUCAAGAAGGUCGUGCCAUCCUCGAUGCUAUCCGUGCACUGAGGAACUUCAAGAACUUGCCGUCCAGCAGCGCCGUCGGCUUGUACGGCUACAGCGGUGGUGGACACGCUACCGGUUGGGCGGUCAACCUAGCUGAGUCUUACGCUCCGGACGUCAACCUGAUCGGUGCUGCGUAUGGAGGUGUGCCCACCAGCACCAGGGACAUCUUCAACUUCCUCAACAAAGGGUUCUUUGCCGGUUUUGCAGUCGCUGGUGUCUCUGGCCUCGGCCUGGCGUACCCAGAGCUGGAGGCUUUCGUCGUAGCUCGACUCAAUGCCAAUGGUCAAGAGGUGUUCAAGAAGUUCCGCAGUCGCAACUUCUGCGUCCCCAACGUGGUUUUGAACGAGAACUUUGUCGAUGUCUACUCGCUCGUCAACGACAGCGACCUGCUCAACAAGCCCACCCCCUCGGAGAUCUUGGCGAAAGAAACCCUGCUCCAGUCGCAGGCGAGCUACACGGUUCCGGUGCCCAAGUUUCCGCGUUUCAUCUGGCAUGCGCUCGAGGACGAGAUCGUUCCGUUCAAACCUGCGAAGCAGUACGUGCAAGAGCAGUGUGCCAAGGGUGCCAACAUCAAUUGGAACGUCUACCCCAUCGCUGAACACGCCACUGCUUUGGUCUUUGGCCUGGCUCCCGCUAUCGACUGGCUGAGCAAGGCGUACGCCGGUCGAGCACCCAAGGUGGCGUGCGGUGCCGGUAUCCCCGCCAUGACAGGGGUCAAUUCGCCGUCAGCACAGCAAGUCUUGGGAGCGGAUCUGGCCCAGCAGCUUGGCAGUCUCAACGGCAAGCAAUCCGCCUUCGGCAAGCCUUUUGGCCCCAUCACGCCUCCGGCGUCGUAA